GGAAGAUCAGCGUUCCACCUGCCCUCCACCCUGGUUCCUGGGAAGAGCUGGUAGCACUGCAGGGUGAGGAAGGAUCACUCCUCUGUGCUCCCAACCUCUGGGCCCUGCCUGUUCUUCUUCACCUUCAGUGACUCGGAGAGUGGGAGAGAAAGGAGAGGAUGGAGCCAGACAGGACUCAGAUAAAACUUGACCCUAGGUACACAGAAGAUCUUCUGGAGGUGCUGAGGACCAACUAUGGCAUCCCUUCAGACUGCUUCUCCCACCCUCCCACUGCAGCUCAGCUCUUGAGAGCAUUGGGUCCUGUGGAAAUUACCCUCAUGGCCAUCAUGACCUUUCUUGCCCUGGGCUCUGUCAUCUUCCUGGAAGAUGCUGUCUAUCUGUACAAGAACACCCAUUGCCCCAUCAAGAGGAGGACUCUACUCUGGAGCAGCUCUGCACCCCCGGUAGUUUCUGUGUUCUGCUGUUUUGGUCUCUGGAUCCCUCUCCUCAUGCUUAUAGAAAUGGCCAUAACCUCGUUUUAUGCCGUGUGCUUUUACCUGGUCAUGCUGGUCAUGGUUGAAGGCUUUGGUGGUAAGGAGGCAGUAAUGAGGACUCUGAAGGACCCAAUGAGGAUCCACACAGGCCCCUGCUGCUGUUGCUGCCCUUGCUGUCCUCCACUCAUGCUCACCAGAAAGAAGCUUCAGCUGCUGAUAUUGGGCCCUUUCCAAUAUGCCUUCUUCAAGAUAACACUGAGCCUGGUGGGCCUGUUUCUCAUCCCUGAUGGCAUCUAUGACCCUGCAGAUAUUUCUGAGAAGAGCACAGCUUUAUGGAUCAACACUUUACUUGGUGUGUCCACCUUGAUGGCUCUCUGGGCCCUGGGCAUCCUUUUCCGUCAAGCCAGGCUGUACCUGGGUGAGCAAAACAUGGGAGCCAAAUUUGCUCUCUUCCAGGUGCUUCUUAUCAUGACUGCCCUGCAGCCUGAUUUCUCCAUAUUGGCCAAUGGUGGACAGAGCUGUUCACCACCAUUUUCCUCUAAAACCAGGUCUCAAGUGAUGAAUUGCCAUCCUAUACUGGAGACUUUCCUGAUGACUGUGUUGACACGAAUGUACUACCGAAGGAAAGACCAUAAGGUUGGGUAUGAAACUUCCUCGUCUCCAGACCAGGACUUGAACUUCAAAGCCUGAGAAGAAUGGCUUGGACAAUGAUGGGAGAGAUGUUGUAUGAAAUAGGAGAACAUGAGUUUUUUUUGCUGUCCUUCACCUUCACCAAAUUGGAAAG